AUGGCUUAUGUUGAUGCAUACGACUACCAGGCCACAGAAGAGGACUUGAACAACAUGAAAUACUACCGUGAACGCUUGAACGCUCGUCCUCUUACCUCGGCUUUACGAAGUUUUGACAUCAACGACAAAUACGAGUCUACUCGCUUGCCUGGUGUCUACGAGAUCACCCAAGACUCUAGAGUCAUUUACAUUGGGGGAAACCCCUGCCUGGCGAACAUCCGGGACUGUUUAAAUGCUCAUUUCAGUGGGAACGAUGGCCUCCCAAUUGGUCGAUAUUUGAGCGGCCCGGCAAGGAACAAAUGGAAAUCAAUUUUUGUUCGUUGGUUAACAUGUGCCAAGCCAAAUGAAGUGGCUUGGUUCUUGUUAAGUGAUUAUCAAAUGCAACAUGGGUAUUACCCCCCAUUUAAUUAUCCGGCCACGGAUAAGUCUUACCAGAACGGAGCCGUACAAGAAUAA